CUAGGCAUUUAUGUUGUGUCACAGAAAAAAAAGGGUUUUCCAAGUUACGACUGCACACGGUCAUAUACCACCCACUUCUGUUUUGACCUUUGAAAUAAAAUACACCUGUUAUCAUAUGUAUGCGUAUUAAAUAUUCUGGAUCUUAGUGCCUAGACCUGAAACAGUUAAAGUUUCCUAAAUGGAAAGAGCGAAGUCUGCACAGCAACAAGCACCACGAUUGCGUCGCGCAGUGCGCCUUAGCAGCUGGUAAGUGUGUUUUUGGUCCAAUUGCUGAUGUUUUCUGACUGCGGAAUCUGCCACAGCCACCUGUCACCAAUAUCUUGCCGGUCGGACCCUUGCCUUUCCAGACAACAUUAGUAUCUAAAUCGUGGAAAAUCAACGACGUUUCUUCUUGUUCCUAUUUCGAGAAUGUCGAACGGUCCUCCGAUGAUCUUUCAGUAAUGAUCUUUCGCGCGAAAUUAAAAAGGAAGCGACUGUGUACUCUGGAGUUCACAAAACAAACUUAAUCGUCAUUAUUGUUAUGCGCUAUAUAUAGUUGCAGAAGGGAAGACAUACUCUGCUCUUAUACAGGAUUGGGUGACAUGUCAUGUCACAUCAUAUUGUGCGGAUAAAUUAAUAUAUGACGGACUGCCAUCCGAAAUUAUAAAAAUAUUUAGCUGUUAUGUAGCCUAGAUGUAACGUUUUCUCUCAGCGAAGUUAAAAUUCCCUCUGAUUAUUUUCAGCAUGACAUAGGUCUGCCUUCUCAAAUGUAUUAUUUGCGCGUAAUUUAGAGGAUGCUCGACGUGAUAUUGGUCAACUUUGAAUCAGCUAGACUUCAUCGGAGUGAGAUGCCCGAUUCACGAUGGAGCUGCUGGAGGAGGACCUCACAUGCCCGAUAUGCUGCUGUCUUUUCGAAGACCCGCGCGUGCUGCCAUGUUCGCACAGUUUCUGCAGGAAGUGUCUCGAGGGUAUCCUGGAUGGUAAUCGAAACCCUACGUGGAGACCUCCGUUCAAAUGUCCAACUUGUCGUAAGGAGACUGUCCACAACGGCAUUGCCAGUUUGCAAAUCAAUUAUUCUCUGCGGGGCAUCGUGGAGAAGUACAACAAGAUCCGGGUAUUGCCUAGAAUGUCCCUGUGUCAAGAUCACAGUGGACAACCACUGAACAUUUUUUGCGCCACAGACUUGAAAUUAAUCUGUGGCUUUUGCGCCACGACAGGUGACCAUAAGGGACACAAAUUCUGCGCACUAGAGGAGGCGUACGAGCGUGAGAAAACCGCCUUCGAGGAGCUGUUUCGUGGUGUGGAAAGUUGGAGGGGUGCAGAGGUUCUUUCGUGCCUAGAAGCACUAGAGGCAGCAAAGAAAAAAGCACUUCAAAUGGUCUCACGAGACGUUGAUCGGGUCACCGAAUAUUUUGACAAACUGCUCCUCACGCUCGAACACAAACGUAGUGAGAUUUUGUCGGACUUCGAAACUUUGAAACUCGCAGUAAUGCAGACUUUUGAUCCGGAGAUUAAUCAGCUUCGUUCUGUGCUAGAAGAACAGCGGCAUGCACUGAACAUUGCAGAAUCUUUUCGUUCACUAUCCGAACCCCUUGCGUUUCUGCAGCGAAUGCAGGACUUUCGAGAGAAAGUGCGUAUGAUUCGGGAGACACCGUUACCUUCGCGGACGGACUUGGAUGUCGGUCCAAUCGUACCGAAUUUCGACGUGCAAGAAUGGAAUCGCGUGCGUCUUGGAGACAUAGACACGCUGUGCGCCCCUCACGAUAGCAGCGUUUUCCGGUCCCCAGCGACCUCUGCUACUUCGCGUUUUCCCGUAAUAAUGCUGAGAUUUGCAUUGCUAAUGUGUGUGUUCCUGCUUACACUGAUUCUUCCAUCGGACUGUUUCGCUGUGAGCCUCUCCGACAAAGUAGCGGCACUCGGUAGUGUCUCUCUACCGCCUCCCAAGGAGAUGCUACGCUGGCUCGGUCUAUGGUGGAAGGAAGCAGAAGGAGUAUGCUCGUUGUUAACGGAGUUUUGCCGGAACUUUAUUAUGGAGCUGAUUGCCACAACGUCAGAUUUUAUCAGCUGAUUUUAACGAAGGACCUUUACCCUUUACUGUCAUAGGCUGAGGUGCACGGAUCCAUUUAAAGUUUUCAUAAGUAAUGCAAUACAGUAGCGUAGAAUAUCCUGAAAAUACAGACUUAAGUAUUUCAGCAUCUUAUUUUGUGCAUUAAGUUGUAAUGGGACUACCUUAUCGUUUUUCAAAUGCACAUUGAGCUUGUGUGCUAAAAGUAGACUGGUUUUGUCACAGAUGACUGAGAAAUAAUUGUGGAUGGUGAGUUUAAAGCCGGUUAAGUCUCACGAAGCUACAGAUCAAGUUACUUGUCUUAGAACCUUUAAGUAGCCUGUUAUGCAGAGGUUUUUGUGAACUUAUUUUCAGACCCUUUUAAAAAUUAAUUAUCUCCAGGCGUGUCUUCCCUCACUGACGUUAAUUCGCAUGUAGGGAUUCCCCCCAACACAGAUCGCGCCUUCAUUCAGCAUGUCCACUCCAAUCUUUUGUUUUUAUUAUCUCAUGUUACUAGUUUCUAUUUCUACCUUUCCGACUUAGUCGUGAAGGGUGGUACGAUUCAUGUUAGGCUAUUAUUAGAAUACAUACUAAUUUGCGAAGUUACUCGCUCUUAUGAGACUUUAGGUUUAAAAUUCCUGUGAUGCCUCAGUUUCUCCCAACACGGCAAGCUCUCAUCCUGACCGAGAUUCAAGGUUAAAUGUUAUGUAACCGAAUAUCAGAGCUAUUACAGGCGGCAUUCAACGUGGGAAUACAGCCUACCCUGACUAUGCUGUAGCAGAUCAGACUCGUUGCUACUUAAAAUAUUUAACACUGCAGCUGCAACUCUGUAGUAGAUGUAGAUUUGACAAACAAGCUCAGGUUGUUACUUUAUUAUUGAUAUUCCUGCCAUUUUGACUAUACAUCCUAGCUUUCAGGCCCUGAAGUCCCAUAUAUCUCGUCAUUACAUUGGCACAUUUUCUUAUAAAUUCUGAAGUACACUGUCAUAGUUGCACGUAAUUACACCAUUUGAAAUUCUGAUUGACAUCCGUUAAAAUAUUUACGGGUUCUCAGUAUGCACAUGAGCGGUAGUUUCUAUAUAUCGUAAUAAUAUUUUACUUACUCUAAUUCUACUCUCCCACCAUCAAGGAAAUAUUUGGUAACGAUUCCCCUCACCUGUGUAUAUGUACACGGACGGCACUUUAAGAUGUGCGUUAGUGUGGUUGAAUGUGAGAGACUGAAUCUGGAGAAGUACAGAAUUCCCUUCUUUCACUUUCCUCGCCUUUGUUUCUCCAAAACCUGAAUCCAAAGAGACCCCCCCCCCCCCAUAUCUUUAAUAAAUCUAUUCAUGAUGUCAUCGUUGACCAUGGUUCAGUGCUCACGUCACAAACGUAUAUAUUUAGCUGUUGCCAGGCAAAUUCCGAGUGAAAAGUGAAAUUAGUUGUCCCCCACCCCACCCCCACA